AUGGUUAACAAAGCUUGGAACAAGGUUACUCCCACUUUAUCAAUUCCUGUAUUAAAUUGCAUCACUAAACAAGGCUUUAAUGCCAUGACUCCUAUACAAGCAGCCGUGAUUCCUCUGCUUCUGUCUUGUAAGGAUGUAGUGGCUGAGGCUGUAACUGGUUCAGGGAAAACCUUGGCUUUUGUUGUACCUAUGAUAGAAAUGUUGAUGAAGAAAGAACGAGAGAGUCCGCUUAGAAAAAAGUUCGUUUACUCAAUAAUUAUCUCACCAACAAGAGAAUUAGCUACUCAAAUUUUUGAAGUUAUUAAACAAUUUCUUCUGGAACCUGAGCUGCGCCAUUUCUCUAUUUGCUGUUUGGUGGGUGGACGUCCUGUUGUAUCUGACAUAGAAAAUAUUGAAAAGGGAGCUCAAAUCAUAGUUUGUACUCCAGGAAGGUUGCAGGACUUGUUAGCUGAACGUAAAAAUCUUAAUUUACCAGGAAGAGUUAGGGAGAUGGAACUCCUAAUAUUAGAUGAGGCAGAUCGUCUUUUAGACCUAGGUUUCAAUGCAACAUUAACAACAAUUUUGCAGUACCUUCCACGACAAAGACGAACCGGGCUAUUCUCAGCAACACAGACUAAGGAGCUCCAAGAUCUAGUUAGAGCUGGUCUUAGGAACCCUGUACUGAUAAGUGUUAAAGAAAAAUCAAGUAUAAGCACACCUAUUGCUCUUGAAAAUUACUACAUAAUUGUAGAACCUCAAGAUAAAUUUCUUUUUCUGUUGAAUUUCAUUAGAAAUCGACAAAUGAUGAAAGGCCUUUUUUUUCUUCCAACCUGUGCUUGUGUAGACUAUUGGGCUGAUGUGUUGCCCGUAUUUUUGCCAGAUUUAAAAAUAUUUGCAAUCCAUGGUAAAAUGAAACAGAAAAGAGGAAAGAUUCUGGAUAAGUUUAGAGAAGCUGAAAGUACCAUAUUACUAUGUACAGACCUAAUGGCAAGAGGCUUAGACAUACCAGAAGUAGAAUGGGUGCUCCAAUGGGAGCCUCCAACAAAUCCAGCGGCAUUAGUACACAGAGUGGGAAGAACGGCUCGAGGAGGGGCUGCUGGAUGUUCUCUUUUACCUCUCUUGCCCACUGAAGAUACAUAUGUCCCAUUUAUAAAGAGUAAUCAAAAGGUAGAACUUCAAGAUUGGAAGCAGUCUAGUGAUCAGAUCAAGAUUAGUGAUAAGUUAAGGCAUAAGGUCUUAACAAUACUCCACGAUCAACAGAGGAAGGAUCGGACUAUUCUUGAUAAAGGAAUGAGAGCAUUCGUAUCUCAUAUUAGAGCUUACUCAAAACAUGAGUGUAAUAUUCUUUUACAACUCAAAGAAUUACCUUUAGGUCAUAUAGCAACCAGUUACGGUCUCCUAAAGUUACCGUUAAUGCCAGAAAUAAGGGAAGAACAUAAAACACAAUUUAUUGGCCCUAAAGAUAAGAUUGACUUCAAUAGUAUAUCUUACAGGGAUAAGCAGAAAGAAACUAGUCGGCUGCAGAAGUUGCAAGAAUAUAAAAAAACUGGAAUCUGGCCCUCAAAAAAGAAAAAGAAGAUGGUGAAAACACAAGCCUGGGAACAAACUAAACAAAUUAAGCUAGAGAAGAAAGAGAAGCGUACGCAUAGAAAAGAAAUAAAAAAGAAGAUGAUAGCAGAAGGAAGGAAUACUAAGAAGAGAAAGACUGUCACUCAAGAGGAGCUACAGGAACUUGCAGCUGAUGUAGCUUUAUUAAAGAAAUUGAAGAAACGAAAGAUUAGUGAUGACCAGUUUGAUAAGGCAUUCAAUGUUGACAAAUAA